AUGGACAGGGAUGAAGAAAACGAAUACGUGCGACAAGAAUUGCAACAUCUUCAGCAAGCCAUUGACCAACUACCAAAACCCGGAAAGGUUUACGAUGACAUAGUCGAGGCUGCAAAACAAUUAAGUGCAACAAGAGAGUCGCUUCAAUCGAUCUUGCCUAAGAUGACGUCAGUGAGAACUGUUCAUGAGCAGGCACAAGUGCAAAUAAUGAAAUGUCAACUUCUGAUAGCGGAACUAGAAAAGACAAGACUUCAGUUCCUUCUAAUCCAAACUCAACUGAAGUCACUAUACGAUACAGCUAAUUUGCUAAUCAACACCAACGUUGUAUCCAGAUUAGAAUGGAACGCGAUGCUUCAAACCGCUGCAGAUGGUCCAAACGAAAUACUAUUAAAUCGUGAAGCACUCGAAGAAGUUAUCGAAGAACAACUAAAACUUCUAGAAGACUAUAAAAAUACCCUCAACAACAAACGACGGGAAAUACAAGAAGAAAAGAAACUUGAAAGAUACGAUUUGGAAGAUGAAAUGAGACAUGCACUUUGCGCGUUGAGAAACGCGUGCGAAAAUGUGCUACAAACGCCAAAAACACACGAUGAUGAGGAAAUGAAAAAGUACGACGCGCAGAAGACGGACAAGAGACCUCCCAUCGACACAAUAGAAACACAGUCCCUAAGCACGGAAACGAACACGUAUCAAGAGAAAAGCAAGGAAGAGAAAACUGAAACGACUGCGGAGGGAGCUUCGCAACCAGCGAAAGGUCAAAGUGUGCGUCAUCUACCCGAUAGCGACGAAAGUCAACGUCAAUCUAAAGACAUGGAACAAGAAAAUGUAGUAAGCAAACCUUCAGAAGAAGGGGAGGAAGAAAGGGCUCUUCAACCCUCACAAGAAGGGGAAGAAGUCUCAAAAGAAGGCCUGAACGAAGACGCAGACGUACCUGCAAGAGCGGAUGAUACCGAUGAAGACAGGGAUCACCCGGAAAGUCGAGGUGAUGAAGAAAGCCAGCCACUACUGGGCUUAAUCGACGACGAGAGAAACCAGCAUGAGGGAGACUUCCAGGAACUGCCCAGACUCGUCGAUGACGACGAGAUGCUGGAGCUGAUCGACGAACUUUAUGACGAGGAAUCUCCAGCACCUCGGGCGUCACCUGAAGAGGCAGAAGAUGUCGAACGAGGCGAGAGGGCCGAAGAGGCGAACAAUGAAGCAAAGAGUCAAGACGAUCAUGAGCAACGUAACAUCGAGGAAGGGAGAUCACCACUCGAGAUUCAACGGGAAAAACGUGAAAUUCAGCUGGCAAUCAAUGAAUUGAAUGCGCUCAUAAGGCAAUUGGAGGAACGACCGACAUGUCCUCCCCGCCGACUCCAGAACCGGGCCAUCUAUCGGGAAGCGGAUCGCUUUAUCCGCUGCGCUUGCCCUCCCACACCUGCUCCAUCCACUCCUCCUUCUACGACGACUGCUUCUUCGACCUCCUCUUCCGCGCCUUCUUCUGACGCAACUACUUCUUCGACUACUGCAUCAACUGCAAGCAGUAGUACAGGCGGAGCGAAAAAGCGAGAAGUUACAAAAGUGGAAGUGACAGUGAUCACCAACCAAAAAUACGAUCCACUGUUGAACGAUUCACAUCUGCAGGUGUUCAGAAUGCUGCUUAACGACUAUCUCAAGGUCAAUGGAAUCACUUACAACAAAGACCUGGUCCGAGAGCAAGUAAAAAACGAAGGAGGCAACUUUGCUGUACGUUACACAGUUUUGGGUGGUGAUUGCGCUAGGAUUAAGUACCUGGUCGCCAAUGGCGAACGUCAUGCUGAAUUCAUCGAGAAUGUGAUUGUCAAGUGUUGA